CGAGUUGUUGAGGGCCGGACUGGAGUCCUUCCAUUCGCUCGGGUAGGGGUUGGAUCCUCCCCUUAGCCUCUCGCUCCGUCCCUCGGUGGAAUGUAACGGCCGGGCUGGAAAGCGCGUCUGCAGCGCAGUCCUCCAGAGCAGAGAGUCUCAUUCCGGAGAGCAUCGUCCGGAAGCUUCGUCUGGGGAGUUACGAUGGGAGAACGCCAAGCGUGGGGCUGGCAGGGUGCCCGGAGAAGGCUAGGAAAAGCGUGUGUAGGGGGAUGUGUCAAAUGCACCCUGGUCUGGUUUUGGAGGAGCUGGCUUUCACCUCCGCUCGAUGGGGAGGGCGAGCCCUCUCCUCUCCGGCUCGCUUUGGCUGCCACGAGAAUGCGUGGUUAUCGCUGCGCUGCAGCCAGCCCCGGAUUUCGAGCCGACGCCAGCUGCGCCGUGAGCUGUUCCUUGAGCCCAGCAUAAUAUGCCUGUUUGCGGCCGGAGCUCGAAGGCUGCCUGCGUGGUCCCCCCCGUCUGAGCCCCCCACACCAUGGCCAUAGUGCAGACCCGGCCCGUCUCCAUCGAGCCCGCUUCUGAGGCGGCCACCCAGCUCCGCGCCGGCGCCCGCUCGCCCGCCUCUGCCUGCGGCGCCAUGGGGAGCGUUAGCAGCCUCAUCUCCGGCCGCCCCUGCCAUGAGCGGCCGUGCAAGGCCGCGCCCGGCCCCUUUCGCCAGCAGGACGGGCUGCUCCAGGGGCUGCCCCCCGCCAAGCCCUGCUCUGGCCCGGUGCCCGGGGGCGGCGCCUACGCCAGCGAGGACUUCUGGGCCAAGGCUGUGUCCCCCGUCAGCCCCUGCAGUGACGCUGAGGAGCCGCGGGACGAUCGGGCUCGGAGCGGCAACAUCCAGGGGCCGCCCCCGAGACUGGUCCCCGUCUCCGGGCAGCUGGAGAAGAACGUCGAGAAGACCCUGAUCCGUCCGACGGCUUUCAAGCCGGUCGUGCCCAAGGGCAGGAACUCUUCGCUACCGGGGUACGUGGUGCCACGGCCCGGGGCGUCGGUGGUCCCCGAGAGCCAGGCCAGCCUCGCCCACCUCCUGGGCGGCACCGCGACCGCCAGCGCCGAGAAGCACCACUCCCUGAGCUGCCGCCACAGCGCCCACUCGGGCACCCUGUCGGACUCGGGGCGCAAUUCCCUCUCCAGCCUGCCCACCUACAGCACGGGCUGCAGCCAGCCGCCGGAGCCGGCCAGCAUCUCCAUGGGCCACCUCAGCCUGGACAGUCACGGCGGCUACCCGGAGCGGGGCUCCCGGGGCCUGGCCGGCCCCUCCAACUCGGACAGCGGGCGCUCCUCCUCCAGCAAGAGCACGGGCUCCCUCAGCGGGCGGGGCCCCCCCUCCUCCGACGGCGGCUCCUGCGCCCGCUCGCCCGUCGAGGGCGACGAGGCUCUGCUUGUCCGCGAGCUGGAGGAGAAGCUGCGGGAGCGGGAGGCGGAGCUGCAGCACCUGCGCCAGAACCUGGACGAGAACGAGGUGGCCAUCUGCCAGGUGUACGAGGAGAAGCAGAAGCGCUGUGAGCAGGAGAUGGAGGAGCUGCGCCAGGGCUACGCCUCCCAGGUCAAGCAGGCGGCCCAGAAGGCCCAGCGCACGCAGCAGGUGCUGCAGCUGCAGAUCUUCCAGCUGCAGCAGGAGAAGAAGAAGUUGCAGGAGGACUUUGCCCAGCUGCUGCAGGAGCGCGAGCAGCUGGAGAAGAGAUGCGCCUCCUUCGAGCGCGAGCAGACCGAGCUGGGGCCGCGGCUGGAGGAGACCAAGUGGGAGGUGUGCCAGAAGUUGGGCGAGAUCUCCCUGCUGAAGCAGCAGCUGAAGGAGUCGCAGGCGGAGCUGGCGCAGCGGGGCACCGAGAUGCUGCUGCUGCGGGCCCAGCUGCGGGAGGCGCGGGCGGAGCGGCAGGCGGGCGAGGAGCAGGCCCUGGGGCUGCAGGAGGCGGCACGCACCCGGGCGCUGGAGCUGGAGGUGUGCGAGAAAGAGCUGCAGCGCCGGAAGGGCGAGGCCGAGCUGCUGCGGGAGAAGCUGGGCCGGCUGGAGCAGGAGGUGGCGGGGCUGCGGGGGGCGCGGCGCCAGCCCCGCUGCCCGGAGCCGCCCGAGCCCAGCCUGCUGUGGGCCAGCGACGAGGCCAAGGCCCAGCGGCAGGCGGCCGAGACGCUGCAGGGCCUGCGGGCCGAGCUGCUCCAGGAGCGCCGGCGCGGCCAGGAGCAGCGGGCCGCCUUUGAGGCCGAGCGGCUCACCUGGCAGGGUGAGAAGGACCAGGUGAUCGGCUAUCAGAAACAGCUGCAGCACAACUACAUCCAGAUGUACCGGCGCAACCGGGAGCUGGAGCACCACCUGCACCAGCUCAGCCUGGAGCUGCAGGCCCAGCGGCUGGACGAGUGUGGCCUGCACGGGGCCGAGAUCUGCUUUGAAGAGAUCACCGCCACCGAGAUCUGAGCCGGGCUGUGCCGGCUGCCCCGUGAGCUAGAGGGGGGUUAGCCGGCUGCUUGGGGGGCAGCUGGCAAAGGGGCCCAUGGCUGGUUCAUGGGGGGGAGGGGGAGCUGGGCCUCUGGCUGCUGGGAAGAGCCGAUUAACAGCUGAUCCCUUUAGCGCUGGGGAGGGGAUUAGCAGCACCUGCUUGUAGCCGGCUGGGGGGUGGCAGGAUCAUUUCUCUGCCGUAUGGGCCCUGUCACCCCGCCCGCCGCGCCCCAGAGCCUCCAUCGAGCUGGGAGGAGGUAGCAGGGCUGUGUGGUGGUCUGCAUGGGGUGAGGCCCCCUCCUGUGCCGGGGAGAACGGGUCCCUCCGUGGCUGCCAGGUGGGCUGGCGUGAGCGCCAGGCUUGGUGGCACAGCCCCGCAGCGUGUUGCCUGCCAGCCUGCUGUGAGGUGGGGCUCCCCCAGGGGUGGUCUGCGGUGCCAGCUGUGAGAGCAGCGCCGUGCCCCGGGCU